AUGGUAAUGUCAGCUGGUGCGAGCUCCAUCCUGGUGCCACUGGUGCUGCUGCUGUGCUGGGUGGUCCCCAGUGAACAGGAGCCAGCCCCGCUGCAGCUGCGACUGGUGGGGCCACGGGGCCCAGCUGGGGAGGGCCGGCUGGAAGUGCUGUACCAGGGGAGCUGGGGCACUGUCUGUGAUGAUGGCUUCGACUUCCACGUGGCCACCGUUGCCUGUCGGCAGCUGGGAUACACUGCAGCUGUCACCUGGACCCACAGUGCGACCUACGGCCGAGGGGAAGGCCCCAUCUGGCUGGAUAAUGUGCAGUGUGGGGGCAGCGAGAGCUCCCUGGCGGAGUGUGUCCACAAUGGGUGGGGCACCAGUGACUGUCAUCAUGGUGAAGAUGCUGGUGUGGUGUGCUCAGGACAGCGCCUGCCCAAUGCAUCCCCCCAGGCCACCACGUCUGGUCACCUGGGAGAGGUGCUGGGGCUGAGCCUGGAGGAGGUGAGGCUCAAGCCCAUCCUGGCACGGGCCAAGCUGAGCGUACCGGUGAUGGAGGGUGCUGUGGAGGUGAAGCACAAUGGGCACUGGAGGCAGGUGUGUGAUGCUGGCUGGACCAGGAACAACAGCCGUGUGGUCUGUGGGAUGCUGGGCUUUCCCCGGGAGAAGAACAUCAACACCAGCUUCUACCGGAAACUCUGGAACAUGAAGCUGAAGGACUCAAACUCCAGCCUGAAGACCCUCAGCCAGAAGAACAGCUUCUGGAUCCACAGGGUGCAGUGCCGGGGCACGGAGCCCCACUUGUCCCGCUGCCCCACACAGGUGGCCCCACCAGCCCCCCACCAGCAUGCCUGUCCCCGUGGCAUGCACGCCAUUGUCAGCUGCCUCCCCAGCCCUGCCUUCCAGAAGGGCACAAGCAAAGGCAAGAGCAAGACCUCCUCAGGAAAGAUCCUCCCAGUACGGCUGCGAGCUGGCACCCACGCCGGUGAGGGCCGGGUAGAGGUGCUGCACCACGGGCAGUGGGGGACCGUGUGUGACAAGCAGUGGGACCUGGCUGCAGCCAGUGUAGUGUGCCGGCAGCUGGGCUAUGGGACAGCAAAGCAGGCCCUGGUGGGUGCCCAGAUGGGCCAAGGCUUGGGACCCAUCCACAUGAGUGAGGUGCGCUGCACCGGCCAGGAGCGCUCCUUGGGCGAGUGUCGCUUCCAGGAUGCCAAGCAGAGUGGGUGCCAACAUGAGGCUGACGCUGCUGUUCGCUGCCACAUGCCCCGCAUGGACUUUCAGAGCCAGGUGCGGCUGGCUGGGGGCCGAAGCCCCGAGGAGGGGGUGGUGGAGGUGCUGGUGCCGGUGCAGGGGCGGCUGCAGUGGGGCGCAGUGUGCGGUGCCCAGUGGGGGCUGAACGAGGCCAUGGUCGUCUGCCGGCAGCUGGGACUGGGCUUUGCCAGCCAUGCCCUCCAGGAGACAUGGUACUGGGCAGGCAGCCCAGAUGCCACUCAGGUGGUGAUGAGCGGGGUGCGUUGUGCUGGUACUGAGCUGGCCCUCCAGCAGUGCCAGCGCCACGGCCCCAUCCACUGCCCCAGCGGCGGGGGACGCUUCUCAGCAGGGGUCACCUGCACUGCCCAUGCCCCGGACCUGGUGAUGAAUGCCCAGCUUGUGCAGGAGACAGCCUACCUGGAGGACCGGCCACUGGGGCUGCUGUACUGUGCCCACGAGGAGCGCUGCCUCUCCCGCUCUGCUGACCACAUGGACUGGCCCUAUGGCCACCGCCGCCUGCUCCGCUUUUCUUCCCAAAUCCACAACUUGGGCAGAGCUGAUUUCCGACCCAGGAUGGGGCGUCAUGCCUGGACCUGGCACCAGUGCCACCGGCACUUUCACAGCAUUGAGGUCUUCACUCACUAUGACCUGCUGACACUCAAUGGCUCCAAGGUGGCUGAAGGGCACAAAGCCAGCUUUUGCCUGGAGGACACCAACUGCCCUGAGGGGCUGCAGCGUCGCUUUGCCUGUGCCAACUUUGGGGAGCAAGGGGUGAGUGUGGGGUGCUGGGACACCUAUCGCCAUGAUAUUGACUGCCAGUGGAUUGACAUCACUGACGUGCCACCGGGCAGCUACACAUUCCAGGUGGUCGUGAACCCCAAGCACGAGGUGGCUGAGUCAGAUUUUUCCAACAAUGUGAUGCGGUGCCAGUGCAAGUAUGACGGGCAGCGUGUCUGGAUGCACGGCUGCCACACAAGUGAUGCUUAUGGCGCCGACGUGGUGAGCGAUCUGGAGCGACGGGAGCGCCUGGCCAACAACCUUGUAUGA